AUGCCUGACCUCAACUCUGUUCCCGCAUCACCACAUCCGCAAAGCGUUUCUCGACGCACUUCAUCACACCAGAUGCCACCUCCUCCGCUUCCGGCGCAAUCGUCCGAAUCCUCGCUCAACAUCCUUCCCUCGAACCAGAACACUGUCAACCACCCCAACCCCUCCAGUACCUCCGUUGGGUCUCCGCCAAUGGCCCCGGCAACACUCACAUCACCGCCGGCCGUACCCGAGCCAUCUGUGUCCGGCCCGGGCCCCAUACGUCACCCGCGACCCAUCACGGCAUCCGAUCUCCACAUGCAGCUCGAGAAGGAGCAAGAGGCAGUGGUGAACCGUCUUACACGAGAGCUCCAGCUCCUCCGCACAGCCCAGAACGCCUCGGUCGUCUCGAAUGCCUCGUCGACAUCAGCUUCGAAUGUGCCCGAGGCGCCCGACACUCACCUCCUCUCUGGCGCUGCAUUCUCCACCCCCUCCGUUCCAUCUAACAGCUCCCGACGACACCAUCGGACCGCCUCGAAUGCUAGCACCCGAAGCCAGACUGCUGUCGCCGGCUCAGCUGCUGCGUCCACCGCUUCCGUACCUGUGCCUAGACCUACAAAUCCCGCUCGCCAAGACAGCGUCGCCUCGCGCCACAGCCUGUCCUCGUCACCUGCGCCGUCACAGCACUAUCUGGACCCGACUGUAAGCGGCUUGACAUACUUCCAGCAGCAGCGCCUGCCACAGCAUCAGACAGGAAGCACGUCGGUCGCCCUUACUCCAGGAGGUAGCGAGUCGCAGCUGUCACCUGGCCUUAUGCCUACUACAUCGAGGUACGAGGAGACAGCGCUGCACCGCCAAGAGUUAGAGAACGCCAAGAAGGAGAAUGAAGCGCUCAAGCAAAGAAUACGAGACCUGGAGAAGCUUGUCCGGGAGAAGACCGCCGGGCGAGAGAGAAGCGAGAGUACAAGCAGUGCCGCGACUGGAACGGCUACCAGCGUGGGUGUGACGACUGGUGCAGCUGGCAUUGCUGGUCCUAGACGACCCGGAGGCGAGCGAGAACGGUCUUUGACUGCGAUGAGCGUUGCCAGCAGCGUUGCGGUCGGCGUACCCGACGAAGAGCUGCAGGUAGGAGAGAGCGCGGCGAGCUCUGGGCUGAACCCCUGA